UUAAUUAAAGUGUUUUUGUUUUGAUUUCUGUUUAUACUUAUCAACAAUUAGUAAUUUAUUCAAUAUGAUUGAUUGUAAGAUUCUAGUAACAUUAUGCAUUGUAUGCAGUGUAGGUGUCAUAAAUAGUUUACCAAUUGCACCAUUAGCUAUUGCGCAUGCUCCAUUAGCCGUUGCACAUGCACCAAUUGCUGUUGCGCAUGCACCAAUCAGAGCGGAACCAUACGAUCCACAUCCACAAUACAGUUUUGAAUAUGCGGUAAACGAUGCCUCCACUGGCGAUUCAAAAUCACAACAUGAAUCACGAGAUGGUGAUGUAGUUCAAGGAAGCUAUUCAUUAUUGGAACCAGAUGGUUCACGAAGAACCGUAGACUACACUGCUGAUCCAGUUAAUGGUUUCAAUGCUGUUGUACAUCGUGAAGCUGGUUCACAUCCAGCCCCAGCUGUUGCCGUUGCUCAUGCUCCACUCGCUGUAGCCCACGCACCUUUAGCCGUCGCACACGCCCCAGUUGCAUACGCUCGUCCAGCAUUAGCAUACGCACAUCCAGCUCCAUUAGCAUAUCAUGCUCCAUUACACAGUGUUUCUUACAUCCAUUAAAAGGAUACCUUAAAAUAUACUCCAUUCAUUGAGAGAGCGAUUUCGAAAUUGCGUACCGAUGUUGUUCUCGCGAUGAAUGGAGUUUAGUCUCAGCCAGCCGCCUGCCUCUGAAUCAUUACGUCUUAUGAAACUUACGCAUGCCAUAUUAUAUUUAUCUCUCUUUUUUUUACUAUCGUUCUUUUCGUUUAUCUUCGCUCUUUAU